AUGAAUAUCACAUCUUGCUCGCCUGCAGCAAUCCAAACUCCCACCGUCUUCGGGGCAGAGAUUCUCUCCCUGUCAGCCUCGUGGGUCACCAACUACACCCUGAACGUCCCGGCUACUUUCAACUACAACCAUGGCAACGUCGAUGUGCACGAUGCGCAGUUCUGCAACAUCACCGUCACCUACACGCACCCGGGAUACAACGACCAGAUCACAGUCGAGACCUGGCUUCCGCCGCAGACCAAAUGGAACGGCCGACUCCAAGCCACAGGCGGUGGCGGCUGGAAUGCCGGACGCUUCGUGCUGUCCCAGUUCUUCAUGAGCGGUGCAAUCGGCGAGGGCUAUGCGGCGACCACCACCGAUGCUGGCUUAGGAGAGGCCGGGCCCAGCUCGUGGGCGCUCAAAAGCCCCGGCAACGUCGACUAUGCUGCGCUCAACAACCUAGGCUCCCGGUCCUUGAAUGAUCAAGCUAUUAUCGGCAAGAGCCUAAUCCAUACCUUCUACGGCCGCGCACCCGACUACUCCUACUGGAGCGGUUGUUCGCAGGGUGGUCGACAGGGUCUCAUGUUGGCACAGCGCUACCCUACCGCGUACGACGGCAUCGCCGCUUCGGCCCCGGCCCAAUCAUGGACCAAAUUUGUGUCCGCCCUGUAUUACCCCCUGUUGAUGCGUCAGUGGCACGGAGUCGACCCGCUGGCCUGCGAGUUGAAUUUCCUGACGACCGAGGCUGUCGCGGCCUGCGACGCGAAGGACGGGGUUGUGGACGGGCUGAUCUCGAACCUCACGGCGUGCGACUACAGCCCGUACACCUCUGUCAACAAGACCUUUGCCUGUAACGCCCUGAACAGAACGAUCGCGCUCAGUCCCGGUGCCGCGCUCAUCGCCGACGCCGCCUGGUCAGGACCACAGACCACGGACGGCGAGCGGCUAUGGUACGGGGUGAACCCGGGGGCCGACAUCAGCCAGUUCGGGUCGGUGCCUGGCGUCAAUGCCUCACAGUCCGACAUGUGGUUCAACCUGUUCGUGGCCAAGAAUGCCAGGUUUGACACCGUGCACAUGAGUCCCGAGCUGUACGAAGAGUUCUUCCACCUCGGCACCCAGGAAUAUGCCAGCACCAUGAACGCGGCCGACCCAGACCUGACUGCCUUCCGCAAGGCGGGCGGAAAGCUCCUCACUUACCAUGGCAUGGCCGACGAGAGCAUCCCCACCAAGGGCACCGAAUUCUACUACAAGUCCGUCCAACAGCAAUUCCCGGAUGUCCAGGACUUCUAUCGCUACUUCGAGUCGCCGGGGCUCGGGCAUUGCUCGGGCGGACAAGGCGGCCAGCCGACUACGAUUUUCGAUGCGUUGAGAGGGUGGGUCGAGAACGGCACUGCCCCGGAAACCCUCCCCGUCGAAUAUGCCAGGUCCCAGGGUGGUCCGCUGCAUCGGAUCGUGUGUCCUUAUCCCGCCCAGGCCAAGUAUAUAGGCGGGGACAUCUCGGCCGCUGAGAGCUUCCGUUGUGUUUAA